AUGGCAUUCCAGCGCACUGGGGGGCAGCCGCUGGGCUGUAGAGGGGACACCUUGAGGCCAGAAGUGCCAGCGGGGAAGCCCUUCAAGAAAUCCCCACUUCAUGGGGUGAGGAUCCAGCAGCUGGUGGAGGAGAUCCCCGAAGGCUUCAGCACCCCAGACUUCCAGCAGAAGCCUGUUCCCAUGGCGCUGCAGGAAGGGAAAAAUGCCAUCUUUCGGGCCGUGGUCUGUGGGGAGCCCAGACCCAAGGUACACUGGCAGUGCACCAAAGGUAACCUCAGUAACUCCAGCAAGUACCAGAUCUCCUCUGCCCCCGGCAGCAAGGAGCACGUGCUACAGAUCAACAAGCUGACGGGUGAGGACACAGACGUGUACCGUUGCACAGCAGUGAACAUGUAUGGAGAAGCCACGUGCUCCACCAGGCUCCUGGUCAUUGAAGUUGGCUUUCGGAAGAGUCGGAAGAGGCAAAAGGAGCCCCAGGAGGACCUCAGGAAGCAGCUGAUGGAAUACCGAUACCUCCUGAAAAAGAGGGCCCCGCCUCCCGCCAAGAAAAAGGUGGACCUGGCGCAGGUGUGGCAGCUGCUGAUGACGGCCGACCGCAAGGACUACGAGCGGAUCUGCCUGAAGUACGGCAUCGUGGACUACCGGGGCAUGCUGCGCAAGCUGCGGGAGAUGCAGAAGGAGCACGCGGACAAGGUGGCCCAGUAUGUUAACGCCAUCUCCAACUUGAGACACAUCAAGGUCAGCAAGGAGGGGAUUGCCACGUUUGACCUGGAGCUGGAUCUCAAGUAUUCUGAGAGCAAGAUUUACCUGUAUAAGGAUGGUGAGAUGAUCCCCUACGGCUUCAACAACCAGGUCAAGCACUGUCUGCGGCAUCUAGGGAACCGCUACCACUUCCGGAUCAAGGACCUGCAACCCGAGGAUGCUGGCAUUUACCAGGUCAAGGUGGAGGAUGUGGAAAUCUUCUCCACGGAACUGGAUGCUAGCGCCAUUCCCGCCAAAGUGGUGGUCCCGCUGGCUGAGGUCCACUGUGAAGAGCAGGGGGACGCUGUCUUCGAGUGUGUUCUCUCCAACCCCUGCCCCAAUGCCACCUGGAGUUUCCGACACCGGCCACUCCAGCCCAGCAAAAAAUAUGAAGUGUCUGUGUCUCCCGAUGGACUGACCUACUGUCUGAUCAUAAGGGGGGCCCGCUUCUCAGACAUGGGCUUCUACUCACUGAGCACUGGGUUCCACAGCUCUGGUGCCUGGCUAGUGGUGGAAGCUGGGAAGGAUAAAGGCCAUAUGACCACAAGUGCUGACCACCGGCUGCAAGCCAGAAGAGGUGACAAGGAGGGCAGGUCAGACAUCUAUGGCCAGGGAAGGGAUGCCACCCAGAGUACCAGAUCCCGAUCGCAGCAUGGCACUGACACUUCCUCCAAGGCCCAAGGUCCCAUGGGUCACUUCUCCAAGAGCCUGGCUGACAUAGAUGUACAGCAAGGAGAGACCGCUGUCCUCUCCUGUACCCUCACCCGUGACCUGGGCCCCGGUGUCUGGCUUAAAGAUGGAGUCAAGCUCAGCGCCCAGGAUGGAGUCACCUUUGAGCAAGACGGUCUCAUGCACAGUCUCCUCAUUGCCCACGUGCAGGGGACCCAGGCUGGGAGGUACACCUUUGUAGCCGGCAACCAGCAGAGUGAGGCCACCCUGAGCGUCCAUGAUCGCCCUGUCAUCGCUCCAGAUGUGACAGAGAAACUGAGAGAGCCACUGGUGGUCAAGGCUGGGAAGCCGGUGACAGUGAAGAUCCCCUUCAAGAGCCACCUCCCGGUUCAGGCUGCCUGGAAAAAGGACGGAGCCGAGGUGGUGGGCGGUGGCAGCCGGGAGGCCCAGGUGGCCCUGGGGGACGGCUUCACUCGGCUGUGCCUCCCUAGCGCUGGCAGGAAGGACGGUGGCCACUACAGCGUGACGCUGACGAGCGAGGGAGGCUCUGUCCAGGCCGAGCUCACCCUGCAAGUUAUAGACAAGCCCCAGCCCCCACAAGGUCCCCUGAAGGUACAGUAUUGCCAGGGGGCUGGUGUCUGCCUCCACUGGCGGCCCCCACAGGACGAUGGGGGCCGGGCCUUGGAACGCUACGUGGUGGAGAGGCAGCAGGCUGGCAGGAGCACUUGGCUGAAGGUGGGCGAGCCCCCCGCAGACAGCACCACCUUCACUGAUGCCCACGUGGAGCAGGGCAAGAAAUACACCUUCCGGGUGCGGGCUGUGACCUCUGAGGGGCCUGGGGAGGCCCUGGAGUCCACAGAGGUGCUGGUGGCUCCCGCAGCUCUCCCCGGGCCCCCUUCCACCCCAAUCAUCCAGUCGGCCUCCAGUAAGGGCAUCACACUGACGUGGUCGGCACCUCGGGGCCCCGGCAGUGCCCACAUCCUGGGCUACCUGAUCGAGAAGCGCAAGAAGGGGAGUAACACCUGGACAGCAGUAAAUGCGCAGCCUGUACCUGACAGGAAGUGGACCGUGGUGGACGUGCGGCAGGGAUGUCAGUAUGAGUUCCGGGUCACAGCUGUGGCUCCCUCUGGCCCUGGAGAACCUGGACCCCCCUCAGAUGCUGUCUUUGCUCGGGACCCCAUGAGACUCCCCGGGCCUGUGAGGGAUCUCCGGGUCACAGAUACAUCGAACACCAGCAUCACCUUGAGCUGGGCCCCGCCGGAUGCUCAGGAUGGGGAUGAAGCCCAGGGAUAUGUGGUAGAGCUGCGUGACCCAGACAGUCUGCAAUGGAGCCCGUGCCAUGCAGACACCGUGCCAGUCACCACCUUCACAGCCAGAGGGCUUCGGCCCCAAGAGGGCUAUUUCGUGAGGGUGACAGCAGUUAAUGACGGGGGCCACGGCCAGCCCACAGCCCUGGACACAUUAGUGCGAGCCAUGCCUGUUACCGUCUAUCCCAAGUUCCUCAUGGAUUCCAGCACAAAGGACUUGCUGAUGGUCAGAGCUGGGGACACCAUUCGCGUGCCUGUUUCCUUUGAAGCUGCCCCCAUGCCUGAGGUGACUUGGCUGAAGGAUGGCUUGCCUUUGCCUAAAAGAAAUGUGACCUCCACCAAGGAUGGCCUCACCCAGCUUCUGAUUCCUGUGGCCAGCCUCUCAGACAGCGGCAUCUACACUGUGGUGCUGAGGAGCCUGCAGGGCCAGGAGGCCACCUAUAGCUUCCCCCUCAGGGUGGCAGCGUGCCCGAAGGCACCCGGGCCCAUCCGCCUGCAGGAGAACGUGCUUGGGACCGUGACGGCUGAGUGGGAGCCUUCUCCAGAUGAGGCCGGGGAUGUCCCCCUGCACUACGAGGUGCUGACACGCUCCUCAGCACACGGGCCCUGGCGCCAGGUGGCCGACCACGUGCACACCAACCACUUCACCCUCCUGGGUGUGCUCCCUGGCCAUGAGUACCACUUCCGGGUGGUGGCCAAGAACGAGCUGGGGGCCAGCCAGCCAUCGGACACCAGCCAGCCCUGGUGCAUCCCCCGGCAGCGAGAAAACAGGUUAACGGUGAAGGCUCCAAGCUACCGGGAGCCUGACCUGAGCCAGAAGCCCCGGUUCCUAGUGGGCUUGCGGACCCACUUGCUGCCCGAGGGCUGCGAGUGCUGCAUGAGCUGUGCCGUGCAGGGCUCGCCCCGGCCCAGUGUCACCUGGUUCAAGGACGACCAGAGCCUGGCGGGAAACCCUGAAGUGUAUAGCACUGAUGUGCAAGGCGUGUGCUCCCUCAUCAUCCCCAGCGUCUCCCCCAAGGACAGCGGCCAGUACAAGGCAGUGGCUGAGAAUGCGCUGGGCCAGGCUGUCACCACCGGCACCCUCAUCGUCAUAGGUAAAGGUCCCACCCUGGUAGAAGGCCAAGCUGGUGAGGGGGAAGGGAAGGAGAGUCAGAGCAGCCACUUGCCUGUCUUCCAGGAGCCCUCCCUGGCCCCUCAAGAGUGA